GGGAAAGGGACCAUAUAGCUACGACAAAAGUGGCUGAGUGGAGAUAACGACACUAACCCUUCUUUCGACCGAACAACAGUGGUCAUGCGCUCUUUUAAUUUCUGGUGGUCUAUCGCCCGAGGUUGAGGUCUGUGAUGAGGAUGUAUGAGAAAAUCAUCGGUGUACCGAUUGAUAGGACACUUGCAUGGACACCUCGUCUGCCACCGGAAUUAAAGGAGAGCGUUCGUGAGGAGCACCCUGAUGGUGCAUUUGUGAAAAGAGGUUUUAAAAAAAGGUGGUUUAGACAUACAUCUGAUUCUGAGCGCUGACGGACGCAACAAGAGAACAACAGAGUCCAAAGCGAAGAGGUCAUGAAAGCAAAGUUUAGAAAGGCGAGCAAGCAUGUUACCGCAUUU